AGGAGCGCACAUUUGAUCGUUUAUUCAGUAUCUCAGAAUUAAAGUGAAAAUAGAAAAAAAUGGCUCGAUUAAGCUACAUCGUGACGAUUAUCAGUAUUGCACUGAUGUGCGUUGUCGCAGAAGAGCUAUACACUGAUAAGUAUGACGACUUGGAUGUUGUAAAUAUUCUUCAGAACGAUAAACUGCGUGGUCAAUACCAUGGUUGUUUUAUGGAAACGUCACCAUGUGUAACAGCAGAUGCAAAGUUUUUAAAAGAUAUUUUUUUCGAUGCUCUGCAAACCAAAUGUAGAAGAUGUACUGAAAAACAAAAGGAACAGAUGAAUUUAAUAGUGGAAUGGUACACAAAAAAUAAACCUGAAGAAUGGGAAGGUAUUGUCGCAAGAUCUAUUGAGCUGCUAAAAAAGAAGAACGCUGAUCAAUAAUUCUUCAAGUUAUUAAAACAAUGGACAAAAAAGACAUGAAAAAAAAUAGAAAGUGUUAAUCAUGUGUAAAAUUAAUGAGUCUUAUGUAUUCAAAAACAUUUCAAAAGAAAGAUAUAUUAAAAUACUAUAAUUAUUAGCACAAUCAAUGCUUGUAUCAUGAUUGAAAUACACUGUAGAAAAAUAUAAAAAA